AUUGGCUGUUAGUCUCCUAAGGCCCCGCCCAUCGCCGCACCAAGUUAGGUAGCAUCAGAUUGUUGUGAGAGAUGAGUUCAGUUGCUCUGCUAGCCUACAGUUAGCCUCCAAUCUCAAAGUUUCCGCAGGGACAGUCUGUCUCCAAAAUGCCGGGGCUAGAGGUCAGUGGUUUCGGCUACCGUCCAGCAGAUUCAGAUGAGCAGGGACGUGAAGAAACCAAGACUUUAACGAGCCUGAUAACUGGACCGGGCUCGGGAGGGAUUUAAGGUCCAGCUGUUAAAUGUGUUGACUGGUACCUGAUCAAACAGGUAUCUGUCAGGACAGGAUGCCAGAAAUGACUGAAACCCAGACACCUGGUCGGAAACCCAAAAAGAAGAAAAACAAAGAAUCUCACAAUGCAGUUGAGAGACACAGAAAAGAAAAGAUUAACGCUGGGAUAAACCGCAUUGGUGACCUUCUGCCCUGUUCCCAGGCCCUGAAACAGAGUAAGAACAUGAUCUUGGACCAGGCCUUUCACUAUAUCGCUGAACUGAAAAAACAAAAUGAUACCAUGCUUCUGGAAGGAGGAGAUAAAGUUCAAGCUGAGGAGAUCCGGCGGCUUCGGCGUCAGCUGGAGGAGCUGAGGAGGGAGAGCGCACACUACAUCGAGCUCCUCAAAGCCCAUGAUAUCAACAUCUUGGAAGACCCCACCAUUCACUGGAAGGGAAAACAGCGCUGCGCCAAGGUCGCCAAGGUGACUCCAACUCACCAACUUCCAAAGGGGAUCAUCGUCUACUCCAACGGCAAUGUGAUGUGCCCGGCAGGAAAGGAGACCAGUCCAGGAAAGAAGUCUUCUGAAACAAUAAUUAUUCAGCCAACUUCUGAGGUCAGCACCAGUCUGAGGGUUAACGGAGCUGUGCUGCACGUCAAUAGCUCCUCCUCCGCCCCAGCACUUCUCCCGGGGUCUGCUGCCACACCAGCUCAGUCUACGCCAGGCCUGAGAGUGAUAGAGCAGUGUGUGGUUGAGACCCCAGCUGCAUCCACUCUGCCUCCCUCUGCGUCUUACAUCACCCUUCAGAUCCCUGCAGCCCCCUCAGCCCUGCCUCAAGAAACACAGCUUGCCGCCCCUGUUCACACCCCCAGCAUAGCAGCCACCUCAGCCACACAGAUCCCCAUAGUAAGCCCCACUCAGCCUGUUUCCAGUCUAACAACACUCACCCAGACCAUACCAACACUGAAAGUCACCGCCACUGGAGCUGGCUCUUGGGCCCCACAAGAAACUGCCAUCAGGACUGUAAGUUACACUACGAUCCCCAACAGCCAAGCGCUUCUUAGAGCAGGGGCAGCAGGCAGCACACAGACUACAUGGACUACCCUGCAGAUGGCAGGGAACACGGUGCAGCCAGUCUGCCAGAGCGUCCCCGCCCCAGAGGUCAUCAGCACCAGCCAGGCUGUGCAGCAGUUGACUGUGUGUCCAGUGGGCAACAAACCUUCUGUUCAGCCCAUUCAAAUACAGAUGCAACCACAUGUGCCUGUACAGCAAGCGCCCAUCACAGCUCACAUUCAAGCUCAGCCCUUUCAAAGUCCGCCCCAGCUACGGACAGCAAUCCUGAACCACGCAAAGCCCCAGCCUGUCUUAGCCCCCCAACCUCAGUGUGCGGUUCUCCCGCAGCCUGCUGUUGUGGCCCACCCUGCUGUCGUGACGCAGCCCCAGCCUGCUGUACUUCAGCCAGCAUCACUGGUUCCCCAUCCUACAACAGCUCUCAUCCCUCAGCCUCAGGCCCUCUCCCAGCCAGCACUGGUACCCCAACCACAGGCCACAGUGCUUCCCCUUCUUCAGACCAUGCAGGUGCUGCAGGUCAACCCCACAGGAGGAACAGCUUCAGGUGCAACGGUAUCACAGAACACCAACAACCCGAGCGUGGUCAUUCUGCAACAAGCGAGUGCUUGCCCAACCCAGUCAGUGGUAAGGGAGGAAAUAACUAAUCAGACACCCUGUCAGCACAUUGUAAUCAUCCAGGCGCCCAAUCAGGUCCCACCUGCUGCCCAGAAUCCUCAGGUUGGCAUGGUGUCUGCUGCAGUUCCUGGGAUGUCCACUCAAAUGCCCACAAGCAGCAGUACCACGUCCUGCUCGUCCUUACAGAGCGUCGGGGGGAAGCAGCUGGUGCACAUUCUGCCACGCCCCAUUCAGCCCCAAAUAAACCAACCCCUUCAGGUCACACAGACCUCAUCUUCUCCACCAGGUCCUCCCACCCCACAGACUAUCACCGUGAACGGUCAGGUGUUUGCACUUCAGCCCAUGAAGACCUCUGACAAAUCAAACUCCCAGGGCGGCCAGAGUACGCUUCAGCUGGUCCAGCCCACUACCACAGAGGAACCAACUACCAAUGUGGCUCUCAACAGUUUAGGAGCGCUCAGCAGCCUCAAUCAGAGCAUCUCUCAGGGCCUUCCCAUUACCAUUUCAACUCAGAGCAAUGCUCAGCCUCCAGCUGCUCCAUCAUCAGUGGUCCAACAGAUGCAGCCUCCUGCUCCAGCAUCCAUCCCUGGACCUGCACUUGCUCUACCUGCCCGGCAGCUUCAAGUCCCUAGUUUGAACCAAGUGAAAUCAGGGCAGGUGGUUAAAGCCUCUAAGCCUGCAGGAAAGAGGCUUCGCUCAAAUACGAGUUCAAAAUCUGCGACAGCAAAGCGGACUAAAGCAGCAAAGAAGAAGGAGCUCAGUCAGGCUCAGCCUGCCAUCGCUGUUUCAGCUGAGCCCGUGGCUCCUGCAGCAGAAAACCAGACGGUUCAAGUUACAACAUCUCAAGUUUUACAAUCCUCCAAUGUGAAAGUUACAGCCAGUCCCUCCACCUGCACCACAGCUGUCACAAAUACAGAGUGUAAGCUCACAAGUGUUGCCUCUACACAAAACUCUCAGAUGAUGAUCAUGUGUACUUCGUCUAAUGAGACAAAUACGUCAAGUCAACCCAAUCCACAGGGCAGAAACUCUGUGAGUGAGACUGAUGCUCAUACAAACAGUAGUAGUGUGAAACCUGCAGCCACAGCUGUUAAUACUGCAUCAGUGAAACCAUCCGUGAGUGCAGCUGUGGCCACUGAGAGUAAAGCAGCUGCAGUUUGUAGCUCGGCUCUAACCAAACCCUCAGCUCCGGAGGUCAAACAGGCAGCCACCAGUUCAGCAGCUAGCUCAACACAAAGUAAGUCGUCUGUAACACCCGCUGCUUCAAGACAGAGCCGAUCUGUGGUCAGCUCUGCCACGGACACUCACAACACCUCCACCACUGUUUCUAGUGUUUGUCCGACUCCUGUCCGCAUGAGCAGCAUCCCAACAACUACGCACGUAUCUUCACAUCAGCCCACCCAGCCUCCUCCAGUAUUCUGUCCCCAAGGAUCUAACACCCAAGCUCCUCUGUCCUGCACCAAACCUGAACCAUCUCCAUCGGUCUCUACGACUGUGGCGCUCUCAUCAUCUGCAGUAACGCUCUCUGCUGCCCACAGUUCUACCACUGGCCCUACAACAGGUUCAGAGUUUAGGAAAAGGGUCACAAGCAGUCGAGAUCCCAGCCAGCAGACUGACAUGUCCAACCCUCUCUCGUGUCAGCCUGCUGAAGUCAAACCUCCCCAGCCACCCAGGAGAGAUAGAGAGGCUCCAGAAGAGAGAGGACAAGCAGCUGAGAAGGAGGGCGUGGUGACUUCUGACACACCCUCUAGAAAGGACUUGACCUUAUCACAACAGGUGUACACCAACCUGGACGACCACACUAUGGAGCAUCCAACUCAGUCCAGCAGACAAACUGAUUCUCCGAUGUCAACAGUAGCAGGGGGAGGAAGAGGCUUCUCUGUGGCAUCCAUGCUUCCUCAGGGCCACAGUAUCAGCGCGUCAUCCGGCUCAUUUGGGACAUUUACAUUCACGUCUGAGCAGGCAGAGAUGCUGGCUCUGGCCCUGCUGGAACAGGACAGUCCAAGCAGGCGGAGCGGUGACAACACCACUUCAACCAACCCCUCCACAGCCACAUGGGAGCCCCCCAAAACCCCACCAGUGUCCAGCAGUAAAGAACGAGGCUCCACUGGACAGCAGGUCAAAGUGACCAAACCAAUGGAUCCAGUACCUGUUAAACCGGCUGUACAGGUGUCUGUAAGUGGGCCCAAUGGAAACAGACAUCAACAACACAUCUCGUACUCCCAGUCUCAGCCUCUGCCUCAGGUCGUGUCCCAGAGCGGAACCGUGGCUAGCCUCAGUGUCAACAACCUGAUCCGUCCCAGCUCCAGUCAACAGCCCUUCCCUGGUUCUCCCAGUCUGGGUGGUCAACAAUGCUCAGCUCCCUCACCUGCUGGGCCUUCAGCCCAUAUAUCCCAGCCCUCAAACAACACCCUGUCACCCUGCUCAGGUGCAGCUCAGCUGAAUGAGUACACACCCUUGAAAACGGCGUUAAUGAGAGCUCAGGCUGGAGUCAGUGCUGGCGAGCGACAAGUGAAGAUCAUCUCCAAGCGGCAGGCCCAGGAGGAGGUGAUGCUGAACCCUGGGAAGCGUCCCAAACCCUGCCCUCCAUCAGCUCCAGCUGUUAACCACAUGGACGUUAAAGCAGUAGACCACAACCAGAUGAUGCUGGGGCAGCUGCCCCCCACGUCCUCAGUCAUGACACGGAUAAAUACAGAGAGUGGAGGCCCUCUCUUCUCCACCAACUCCUUCAUGAGCUCAGUAGUUCGGCCUUUAGAUGUCCACUGUGCUUCUCAAGUUCCUCCUGAACAGAACCAGCCAGGUGUGCUCCACCUGCCCCAGGGUCACCCACAGCAUGCCGCAAACCAGCCUGGCCAGCACCUGGGAGGAAACCUGUACAUGAAACAGCAGCAGCAAGAGCAACAAAGACACCAUCUGUAUCAUCUGCAGCACCACCUGACGCAGCCUGACCCCGCACAGCGGCACUCUUUACACCAGAGGGUGCUGCAGCAGCAGCAGCAGGAGCAGCAGCAGCAUCAGCACGUGCAGAAGAAACGGGGACUCGUCAGAGGAAGUCAGACCGGUUCACCUGCUGUUCUGCAACAGAAGCAGCAUCACCUGGAAAAGUCUGGAGUUCAGCAGCAGCAUGCACAUCAACAACAACAACAACAACAACAACAACAACAGACACAGCAUCAACAGCACACACAGCAGCAGCAUCAACAACAGUCACACCAACAGUCACAACAGCAUCAACAGCCAGCUCAACACCAACAGUCUCAUCCUCAGCAGCACCAACAGCAGACACAUCCACAGCAGACUCCAACACAGCACCAACAACAACUACAGCAGCAGCAGAGCUCCCACUCCAGACACCAACAGCACCUACAGCAGCAGAUCCAGCAGCAGCAGCAGCAGCAGCAGCAGCAGCAGCAGCACUUCAGACACCAGGAGAAGAGCUGUGAGGCCCAGGCUGCAGGAUCCAGAGGACACCACAGCAGCCACCUUGGCCAGCAGGAGCACCUGAAGUCUGGUCAGGACCAUAGCGCUCUGCAGAGGAUGAUGAGCUCCAGAACUCUGGAGCAGCAGCUCAUCUCGCCUCCCAGUAACCCCGUGUCUCGGUCGUCUGAUCUGUCCUGUGCUCCGUCACGGCAGGAGCGCCAUCGUGUUUCGAACUACUCUGCAGAGGCGCUCAUCGGGAAAAGUUCAACUAGUGGCGAGCAGCAGCAGCGCAUGGGUCUCCAUCUCCAGCCUGGUCGCAGUUCAACACAGGAGCAGCAAGACCUCCGGGGUUACCUGGACACAUCACGAGGCAAGGCCAGCAUCGCACACAACCCUCAAAAUCGACUUCCUCCUGAGCACCCGGGGCCUGCUGAUGUCCAGAGGGUCUCUGAGUGUCCUCCGUUUAAGACCAUGGGAGGAGGAGCUCACCAGCUUGGUGGUUUUGAGGCUCAGGUGUCCCGUGGGAGCGACAUGGCCCCUAAAUCAGUGCCACCUCCUCAGAGGGGCCCUCAGGGGCAGCAGCAGGGAGGCUUCAGGAUGGGUGUUGGUCCCCCAGCAGAUGCUAGGAGCCGAAGCGGCUACAGUGCAGCUCAUCCUGGCUCACAAGGAGUACAAGUUGGACCAGCACUGCCCCGCGAGCAGGAUGGCUGUCACCAGAGUUUCAUGCAGAGUCUUCUGUCCCCCCACCUGCCUGAGCAGAGCAACCAUCAGCGGGCCGUGCAGUGCUGCCCCCCUGUCAGCAUGGACUACAGCUGUGUGCCUGGAGGCUCUUCAGGAGACCUUCAGGCCAAGACUUCAAGCCCUAGUGUGCCCCAGACUCAGAAAGCCCCAGCUAUGAGGCUCGGUGAGGGCAACAAGGGCCACAUAUCUCAGGUCAGCAGUAAUAUGCACGGGGGCCCAGGUGUCCGCGCAGGUUUACCCCACCCUCCAACUCCACACAGUUCUGAGCCAGGACGCUCCUCCGCCCCCUCCAGACCCCCCCCUGCUGUCAGCCAGCACUCCCGUCACAUCGGCCGGGAUACUCAGCCCACCAAGCUGAGGCCUGGAGACCGGCCUCGGUCGGGAGCUCUGAGACAGAGUAACCCCUUUGAGCCCGAGGGCCACCUGUCUCUGCCCUCAGGUGGAGGUGUGCUGCUCGGCAGGCCUCAGUCUGGAGGAGAGGCUCGGCGCAGCACUAUCGUACGUUUUAUGGCAGACAGCACUCAGGUUCCUAACGACAAUAACCUUGUUCCUGAGCAACACCUGACACAGAACUUUGGUUUCCCCUUCAUACCUGAGGGAGGGAUGAAUCCUCCUCCCAUCAAUGCAAACUCUACGUUCAUCCCUCCUGUCAGCCAGCCCAACACCUCUCGGACACCCUCCCUCCUGCCUGUUGAGCCCCAGAACACUUUACCUUCUUUCUACCCUUCCUAUUCACCUGCUGCACACCCCAGCCUCCCCAGUGAUGUCACCCUCCAAUACUUCCCCAACCAAAUGUUUACAAGCCCGAGCGCCGACAAGGGCAGCGCCCCCCCUCUGAACAACCGCUUCGGCUCCAUCCUGUCCCCACCUCGCCCUGUGGGGUUCGGGCAGGCCAGCUUCCCUUUGCUCCCAGAUAUGCCCCCCAUGCCCAUAACCAACUCGUCUGGGAUCACCCCUCACAUUUCCAACUUCAGCCUCACCUCACUAUUCCCAGAGAUCGCCACAGGUAUGCCCCCUGACGGCUCAGCCAUGCCCAUGUCCCCCCUGCUGUCUCUCUCCAACACUUCGUCUGCCGACUCUGGCAAACAGCCCAACCGUCCCGCACACAACAUCAGCCACAUCCUGGGUCAUGACGGCAGCUCGGCGGUCUGAGGACGGACCUGCUGCUUACUGAUGAACAUUUUAGUGAAGAGUUGAAUUUUCACUUCUUUUAUUUUAACUGUCUAACAAGUCCCUGAGAAGUGAAGCACCUGAGGAAUGGUUUCUUUAUGACAGCAUAUGUCUGCUGGUGACUUUCUGUUUACAUGCUCUCACAGUUUGUCUCAGAUGUGUCCCUCCUGCUCGGUCAUGAUGUUGGAGUUAUGUUUGAUUUUAAGGUGACAGUGAAAUGAUCCUCUUAACCCAUCGCUUGUUGUAAAACAAAUUCAAGUUCCGCUUCAGAGCUUGAAUCUUUUUGUUGUUUAGAAACUUUCUGCACAGUUACCUACCAAUGUAAUGAACUAACUUAUAUCAGGUUAAACUGUACAGAAUGUUUUUCAAGAGCUAUUUUGUAAAUACCAAUGUUUCAUAUCAAAGUUGUUAGAUUAUGUAUGUAUUUGUAAAUACAGAAUUGAUUAAUAAAGUUUAUAAGGAGACAUUUGUAACUGAAGAG